CCAAGUUCUAACCAUCUAGUCACUCGAGAAACCGUUGUUCCACAAACCCGAAAGAUUGCUGCUGGUUUGCCCGGUAUAUCUGCCAUAAUGUCCUCCGCAACUGACACUCCCUCUGCCGCCGAGCUCCCUCUACCGACCGAUGCCAGCCUCUCCCACGGCUCUCUCGCAGAUCUACUCCCGUCACAUUUCACCACAGACAUCACACGGUGGCUCGCCGAAGACACACCGUCCUUUGACUAUGGUGGCUUUGUGGUUGGGUCUUCUCCCAGAACCGCUCAACUCCUCUGCAAAUCUGCUGGUGUGCUCGCUGGCGUUCCCUUCUUCGACGAAGUCUUUCGCCAGCUAGACUGCACAGUGGAUUGGCAUCACAAUGAAGGAGAAUUCUUGGAUCCUGCCAAAUCAGGAGGCAAGAUCAAGGUGGCGACAGUCAAAGGUCCCACUCGUAAAUUGCUCCUGGGUGAAAGAGUAGCACUGAACACACUUGCAAGAUGUAGCGGAGUAGCCACGAAAAGCAGAAAAAUGCUCGAUCUCGUGCGGGGCGCAGGCUACACGGGCAUUCUGGCGGGUACGAGAAAGACAACACCGGGGUUCAGAUUGGUGGAGAAGUACGGCAUGCUCGUUGGUGGGAUUGACGGCCACAGGCAUGACCUGAGCAGCAUGAUCAUGCUGAAGGACAACCACAUCUGGGCUAAGGGCAGCAUCACUAAUGCUGUAAAAGCAGCACGCGCGGUCGGUGGGUUUGCACUGAAGAUCGAAGUCGAAGUCCAAUCUGAAGAGGAAGCCGACGAAGCUAUUGAGGCCGGAGCCGACGUGGUCAUGCUGGACAACUUCGAUGGGGAAGGGCUCAAGAUUGCUGCGAGGAGUCUGAAGGAUCGAUGGCGUGGGAAGAGGCAGGUCUUGCUGGAAAGCAGUGGUGGGCUCACCGAAGCGAAUGUCAAGGAGUACAUCAAUAACGAUAUCGACAUCAUUUCUACAAGCGCAGUUCACCAAGGCGUCGCGCAUGUAGAUUUCUCGCUGAAAAUUGACCAUUGAUGAGAAGUUGCAUUCUUCACUCUUGCUGGAUCAGACUUGCUGGAU